AUGACAUAUUCUGCUUUAAAAGAAAAACAAUCUCUUCACAAUUUACCAUCCUUUUUGCUUUUUUGUCUGGUUUUCUUUUUCCAGUACACGAAAGAGCAGGCAGGGGAAGCUACAAAAGUGGCCAUCGAUGUUGGCUAUCGUCAUAUUGACUGCGCUUUCUUGUAUGGCAAUGAAGUGGAAGUUGGCCGGGCUAUCAAUGCAAAGAUUGCUGAUGGAACAGUGAAGAGAGAGGACAUUUUCUACACUGGAAAGCUUUGGAGUAAUAAUCAGGCCCCAGAAAGGGUCCGUCCAGCUCUGGAGAGCUCUCUAAAGGAUCUGGGACUAGAUUACAUGGAUCUUUUCCUAAUCCACACCCCUGUGGAGUUUAAGCCUGGAGACAAUCUAUUUCCCAAAGAUGAAAAUGGAAAAGUAAUUUUUCACAACACCGAUAUCCGGGAUACCUGGAAGGCUAUGGAGGCUUGUAAAGAUGCUGGACUAGUCAGAUCAAUCGGAGUGUCUAACUUUAACAGCAAACAACUGGAGCUGAUCCUAAAUGCGCCGGGACUGAAGUAUAAACCUGUCUGUAACCAGGUGGAGUGCCACAUAUUUUUAAAUCAGAGUAAACUGCUGGAAUUCUGCAAAUCUAAAGACAUUGUACUGGUUGGGUACAGCGUCUUGGGAUCCAGCAGAGUUGAGGGCUGGAUAGACAAAAACUUACCUUAUGUGCUGGAAAAUCCUGUUGUCAUAGAAGUGGCAAAGAAAGUUGGACGGUCAGCAGCGCAGGUGGCAAUGCGUUAUCUACUGCAGAGAGGGAUUGUUGUCCUUGCAAAGAGCUUCACCGCAGAGAGAAUCAAACAAAACUUCCAGCUCUUUGACUUUCAGCUGAGUGAUGAGGACAUGCAAAGGGUGGAUGGCGUUAACAAAAACAUGCGAUACUUAAGCAUUGAUAGGUAUGUAGGAGCCUUGUCUGCAUGUGGUGAAAUUUGUAGAAUUAUUGGAUAG